AAACCCCCCCCUCUCUUUUUUCCCCCUUUCAAACGUCUCUCUAUAAGCGCGCUCCUUCUUCAUUCUAUCUCUCUCUCUAUCUCCAAAGCUGUUGCUUUUUCUUCUUCUUCUUCCUCAACAUAAACCCUCAGAUCCAUCUCCAUUUCCACACUCUUCUUUACUUCUUUCCUUUUCUCUAAUUUUACUCUCUUCCCCACAAUACCCAUUUCCCACAUUUCACUAAUUAAUGGACUCACUCCCAGAUGCUAUUGUUCAGUGCAUCUUGUCACAUAUGAGCAAUGCUCGAGAUGUGGCUGUCUGCAAUUGCGUAUCGAAGCGUUGGAAAGACUCAACGCCCUACAUUAGAAGUCUCUAUUUUCCUCGCAAUUCCUUUGAUAACCAUUCGGGUGGGCUGAGUCCCGACAUCAUCAUUUGGAAGAUGAUAUCAUCCAUUGUUCACUUGGAGGAGCUUGUUGUUUAUAGUCCAUUUUCGGGUGCUGGUCUUGCUUCAUGGCUGUCUAGUGUUGGCCCCACGCUUCGACACCUCGAGUUACGGAUGGAUAAUCUGGUGGAUCUUCAGGCUUGUCAAGAGAGCCCUUCAAAGUUGGAAUGCCUUAGAUCUGCAGCAAAUUUGGAGUCACUUAAUUUAUGGGGCGUGUUAAUGACACAUUCACCUAGAUGGGAUGUGUUUCAAAAGUUAAAAAACCUUGAGAUUGUUGGUGCUAAGUUUGAGGAUCCUGCAUUGAACAGUGCCCUUCGUGCAUGUCCUAAUUUGUCCAACUUAUUGCUCCUUGGCUGUGAAGGUCUUACUGCAGUUUCAAUUGAGCUGAAGCAUUUGGAGCAGUGUAAGCUGGAUUUCUAUGGCUUGGGGAACUGCUCACUUUUGAUCAAUUCUCCUAAACUUCAACUCCUUGAAGUUCAAGGCUGUAGUUGGAUUAGAGCCCGUGGGACAAGUUCCUUGAGAAAUCUUUCAAUUGCCAAUAAUCAAGGAAGAGUCUACAUGGUGGAUUUUGAUAAGCUUGUUUCACUGGAGUCUCUAUCUUUAAGAGGUGUUCAAUGGUGUUGGAAUGCAAUAAGCAAUAUUCUUGAAUGUGGGAGUGAGGUGAAACAUCUUUACAUGAAGGUUGAAUUCAGUGGAGACUUUGAUGCACUUGAACCUUUCCCAGAAAUUGACUUUGUUGAGUUUUUUAAUAACCAUCCAAAGUUGCAAAAGUUUGACAUCCAUGGAGCCAUGUUCGCUGCACUUUGCCAAAAACACAGCCUUAAAAAUGUGGAUCCAGAUUUUGCAAUCUCAUGUUUGGAGGAGGUUUGGGUUACGGUUAGAUCGCCGUUGAACGCCGAACAGAAGAUGAAUACUCUCGAAUCAUUUAUAAAGUAUGCCAAGAAUUUGAAGUCACUGGUAAUAAAUAUUCUAAGGAUGAAGAGUAGCCAUAGCAGUGCAGAUGAUUUCUUUGAUGACAUUUGCAAGUUUAGAUGUUGCAACCCCACGGUCGUUCGCAUUGAAUAAAAGCAUAGUGAGGCACUUUUCCUCUCAUUUGUGAUUUUAAGUUCAUCAUUUAUCUUUUACAUUCUCUGAUUACAGGUUGACCUGCUGAAAUGAUUAACUUAGUUUGGUCAUUCUUUUAUGAAUGAAUUCAUAACUAAUUGCUCGUUUCCAGCCUUGUUCGAUGCGACCAUCGAUCAAAGAUGUUCAAUUGUUGCUGGCUUGAGCAUAAUUUAAUUGGUCAAGUAACCGUUUUUAUAGGUCGUGUGUGAAUUGUAAUAUUCGAAAAAUGAAAAAGGUAAACGGAUAUUGGUAUCGAAGAAAUGUAUUUUCUUUAUUGGAUAUCUAAAUUCCUUAGUUUGAAGGAAUGACCGAAACGUUUUCCAUAAUAAAGAUUGGAUAAAUUUUUCUGAUGCACAAGAACGAAGUGUGU